AUGGCGGGUCGAGGAGGGGUUUUGAAUCCUAGCCGCCAUGAGCAUAGGCUCUGUUUGAAUCAAAAACUUCCACCUUACAAAUGCAGAGGAUGCAAAGGCCUUGGAGCCGGCAUCGGAUAUAAGUGCCAAUCGUGCCCCAAUUUCGUGUUACACGGGCCCUGUGCGGAUUUGCCUGAUGAAUACGUCCAUACCUUGUUUCCCCAGCAUCCGUUUAAUUUUCGCCUCAAGACCCAUUUGCGCCACGAGUGUGACGCUUGUGGAAAUUUAAUUCGAGGCUUUGUGUUCCAGUCUAGCACUGGUGUGAGGCUUCACCCGCUCUGCAUGGUGCUUCCUGUGGGGUUUAGGCACAGUGGUCAUCAAAAUCAUAGGCUGGAGCUAGUUACACAGGAAAAGGGAAACUACAAAUGUAAGAAGUGCGAUAUGCAGAAUACAAAAUGGAAAUAUCGGUGUGCAAGGCUUGAUUGUCCAGUCAGGCUGGACGUGAAUUGUGCUAUAGUGGAUAUUCAUCGUCUGAACAAAUGUAGCAUUACGCAAGUUUAUAAGCCAAGCCAACUCAAACGUGCUCUGGUAACGGCUGUAAAGGUGGGUAAAAGUGUUGGCAGCGCCGUACUGGGAAUCACCCCUACUCUUAUUGCAGGUAGAGGAGUAGACAAUAUAGGAGGAGCUGACCAUGGAAGAGAAGACAUCGGAGAAGAAGCAGGUAGAAAAGAACCUACCGGUCCAUUAAAUGGCAUCUGCAGCUGA